AGCAUCUGCCGAAAUAAAGACCAUAAUGAUAUUUCAGGUUACUUCUUACUAAAUAAGUUUCUCAGCCUCUUGAGAUGUGAAAUAGGUAAGAGAACAAAGGUCACUGUACGUCUUUUUGAAUACAGAGUUAAGGAGGAUAAUCUUUUUUCUUAUUUUAUAGAACAUUAUAAACACCACUGGUUCCCAGAAAAGCCAUGCAAGGGAUCAGGUUACCGAUGUAUCCGGAUCAACCAUAAAAUGGAUCCUCUCAUUGGACAGGCAGCACAGCGGAUUGGAUUGAGCAGUCAGGAACUGUUCCAGCUUCUUCCAAGCGAACUCACUCUAUGGGUUGACCCGUAUGAAGUGUCCUAUCGUAUUGGAGAGGAUGGCUCAAUCUGUGUGCUGUAUGAAGCUGCACCAGCAGGAGGUAGCCAAAAUAACACCAACAUGCAAAUGGUAGACAGCAGAAUAAGCUGUAAGGAGGAACUUCUCUUGGGCAGAACUAGCCCUUCCAAAAGCUACAAUAUGAUGACUGUAUCAGGUUAAGAUAUAGUCUGUGGAUGGAUCACCUUAAAAUGGAUGGAUAAAUUUGGUUUUUACUUUGGGUGGGCACCUCUGGGGAUGGAUUAUGGAAUUUAAACCAUGUCACAGCUGUGAAGAUCUGGCACACAUUAGAGUGGUAUACUUUAAAGUGACAGUGCCAUAGUUUGGACAGUACCUUUCAGUGAUUUAAUAGCCUGUGAGUCAAAACGAUUACAACUUGCUAGGGAGUGAAGAAGAUCUAGGAAGGGUCAGUUUCUCCAAGACAUCUUACUUAAUUUCUACACCAAUUCUUUCAACUCCAAUCUGUAUUUAUAAAGUGAUUCUCUGCAAUAGGUCUUGCAGAGUAAAUUUGCACUAUUACAUUUAUUAAUUGUUAGCAUUUUUGGCAGCUCAGUAACAAGACUUACUGUUAUGAACACAAUAGUACUGGAAAUUUUAUCUUUCAGACUUUUACCUAGCACUUACAAAUAUGUAUAAAUGUACAUAAGACAAACUAGUAAGUAUGACCUGGGGAAGUGGUCAGAUCUUUAUAUUGGCCUCAAAAGUAGCAAGUGAUCAGAAUCUGCCAUGGCAACAGGCUUUAAAAAGACCGUAUAAAGACACUGUCUGAACUGUGGUGUUAGCACCAGCCAGCUAUCUGUACAUUUGCUAGCUUGUAGUUUUCUAAGACUGAGUAAACUUCUUAUUUUUAGAAAGUGGAGGUCUGGUUUGUAAUUUCCUUGUUCUUAAUUGGGUAAAAGUCUUUUCCACAAACCACCAUCUAUUUUGUGAACUUUGUUAGUCAUCUUUUAUUUGGUAAAUUAUGAACUGGUGUAAAUUUGUACAGUUCAUGUAUAUUGAUUGUGGCAAAAGUUGUACAGAUUUCUAUAUUUUGGAUGAGAAAUUUUUCUUCUCUCUAUAAUAAAUUGUUUCCUAUCUUGGCAUUUUAA